CGCACUCCCAUGCCUCCCUCACACGCGACCGCUACCACUCUCAAACGCAUACACCGCGAGAUCGCCGACCUCAAGAAGGAGGACCUCGGUGCCAUCAAGCUCGCCCCGUCCGAUGACGACCUUUUCCAUUGGAUGGCCGUCAUACCAGGCCCAGAGGGUAGCGUCUACGAAGGCGGCGUCUUUCACGUAGAAAUCGUACUCGGUCACGAUUACCCAUUCUCCGCUCCUAGGAUGACCUUUCGUACUCGCAUUUACCAUAUGAAUAUAAACGAGCGCGGGAGCAUUUGCAUCGAUAUCCUGAAGCACAACUGGUCACCGGCUCUGUCUCUCUUCAAAGUCGUCCUAUCGUUGUCGUCCCUACUUACCGACCCAAAUCCAAAGGAUCCUCUAGUUCCCUCCAUAGCCACUGAGUAUAUCCGCAACCGAGCUCAGCAUGAUCGGGAAGCGAGACGCUGGACAGAGCUCUACGCCCGUCCACAACCUACAAAAGACAAAGGCAAGGGCAAGGCCUCGGCCAGCCCUGCGCCCAUUUCUCCAUUCAGCGCGGCUUCGACGGGCGCGGUCGGUCGUUCGACCACAGCGUCAAGGACGGCCACACCUGUCGAGGCGGAGACGAUCACUAUCGAGGACUCGGACGAGGAUGCGCCAGUAACACGGUCAAGAGCGACGAGAGCUCGAGCAGCGGGACCUGUGGCUGUGGUUGUGGCUGGGUCGAAGCGGAAGAGAGGGACGUCUGCGGCUACCGGAGCGGUCGAUAUCGACCUGUCGACCGAGGAUGAGGUGAUGCAGAGACCGGCGACGAAACGGCGUGGGGGAGGGAAUUCGUCGACAUCUGGUGCGCCACGAACAGACCCGGGUGAAGUCAUCGUUAUUGAGGACUGAAGGGGACGUGCGUGGGUUCCAGAGCUUGUUAGCGGAUCAUCGCCUCACGCUCACAUCGGACGCUCGAUGCCCCCUGGAUUGUACGCUAUUCAUCAGGUACCAUCAAUCACGAUGUCAUAUCCGUAGUCUACGACUACUGGACGUGAGUACUAUAUGGGACACGUACCUGGGGUUCUCGGGCUCAAUGGUUGGAGGGACUUGGCGGUGGUCAGACCGGUUCCGGGAUUACCUUGUGCUGACCCUGGCGUCUUCAGCCGUCGAGUCGACCGCGGUAGCACGUUCUGCUAAUGGUCGCUAGAUGGUUGCUACUUCAAGCACUAUCAUAAAGCCUGCAAGCCUGCUCACCUCUGAAUGCCAAGGGAGAGCUGCAUUUCCCCCAUCUACCUCCUGCAAGUACUGGUGGCUCGAGACGCAAUGUACACAAACCAGUAGUCAUGCGCCACACAAGCAGGCUGCGAGAAUACUGCGGCCUCGAC